UGAGAGGUGAAGGUGAGCUCUUCUCUGUGGCUGGAGGGUCGACUUUGACUAAGCUGAGGAGACUGAAGGAGAAGAAGAAGAAGAAGAAGAAAGAAUAAUGAUAGCGUUGGGAGUUAGCAGCGGACCCAGUCCAGUCCCGCCGCACUGGCAGACUGCAGUUUCAGACCUCCGCGCCCUUAUUCGCGGUUCAGUUUUCUUCAGGCACGACUCAGAGAGAGAGAGAUUUUCUUGCACUAUCGGAGUUGGCUUUCCGACGAUCGAAGGCUGUGAAUGAGGAUUUUCCGGCGAUAGUGCUAAUUGUGAUGUUUGUCGACCUAUUUUGUAAUGUUUAGAAG